AUGAGCAUGUUCUCAAAACUUCCGUGGAGCUCAGGCGGCGAGCAACAACACCAGCAUGAAGAAGAGCAAUCCCUCACCUCAGUGCUGCCAACACCACAAGCGCGCAGCGAUCUCACCUUGCUGGUCGCCAACUGCACCGAGACUAUGAGGAAGAACAUCACCGACACCUUUGAUCCCGAUCAGGUCGGCAAGAUGGAAGACAUGAUGUCGAAGCUCAAGAUGGACGAGAGCGCUCAACAAUCCGACAACACUACGGAUCCCGCAGCAACUGGAGACUUGACAGACGAAGAGAAGAAACGAGCAGAAGAAGACAAAAAACGAGCAGAGGAGAAGGCAAAGAAAGAGCAGGCAGAAAGAGAAAAGGAGUUGAGUGGACCCAAGAUGCAAGAACUGCAAAAGGCCGCACUACAACACUUUGACGACUGGCGUGACUCUGUGCUGCUACGCAUUGGAGAAGUCGUCAACCAGCGUGAGGAGGCAGUUUCUCAGAAGAAGGAAGCACAUGCACAAACAACUCGUGUGCCUCCCAAGAAAGCACCAGAACCGUCCAAGUACGAUGACGGUGUUAGUAACGCACUGAAAGAGUUGUGUCCACCCACAGAAACGGCACUAGCAGAACUGGAAGAGCAGCACCGUGCUUUGAUCCUCCAUUCGCUUCUGCUAUUGCUGCUGAGUUUGGAACACUACUCGGCCCACUCACGCGUAUUGCUUCUGCAUAUGACGAGCAGCCUGAAUCUGUCCAUCAGCUUCUUGGCUGGCGAUGAGAGCAAGAUCGCUCGUGGAUUGCUCUCUGCAGUCGAGAUGAAGGCCGAUGACGAGACCAAGAAAAAGCAGGAAGACAAUCAGAACUCGAGAAAAUGGAAGGUCGGUCUAGCUUCAGUAGCUGGUGCAGCUUUGAUCGGAGUCACUGGUGGUCUUGCAGCACCUCUGGUUGCUGCUGGUAUCGGUUCAGUCAUGGGCGGUCUCGGUAAGUUCAGUCUGUCGUGUUNNUACCUUCGAGUUACUUAUCAUCAUCUAGGUCUUGGGGCUACUGCCGCCGCGGGCUAUCUCGGCGCUGUCGCUAGCAGUUCCGUCAUCGUUGGUGGCCUCUUUGGUGCUUACGGCGGUCGUAUGACUGGACAGAUGAUGGAUGCAUAUGCCAAAGAGGUUGAAGAUUUCUCCUUCGUCCCUGUCCGCACCUACCACAAGCCUCGCAAGAUCGACAAGGAAUAUCGCCGUCUGCGUGUCGCCAUCGGUAUCUCUGGUUGGUUGACCGAAAAGGACGAAGUCGUCGAACCUUGGAAAGUCAUCGGACCAGAGAUGGAAGCCUUUGCCCUUCGAUUUGAACUACAGGCUCUACUCAAUCUUGGGAACUCACUCACGACUAUGCUUCGCUCAGCGGCAUGGGGUUAUGCAAAGAGCGAGAUCAUCAAACGUACAGUCUUCGCGUCUCUUACCGCAGCACUAUGGCCGUUGGGUCUUCUCAAGGUUAGCAGAAUCAUCGACAAUCCUUUCAGCGUGGCCAAGUCGCGAGCAGACAAGGCAGGAGAAGUUCUCGCAGACGCACUCAUCAACCGCGCUCAAGGAGAGCGUCCAGUAACACUCGUUGGCUACUCUCUCGGUGCUCGUGUCAUCUUUACUUGCUUGAAGUCACUAGCUGCAAGAAAAGCAUUUGGGCUUGUUGAGAAUGUUGUUUUGCUUGGUGCACCCACUCCUUCUACCGCAGCUGACUGGCGUCUCAUUCGUGCUGUAACUACAGGAAGGGUUGUCAACGUCUACUCUACCUCUGACUACAUUCUUGGUUUCCUCUACCGCUCGUCAAGUAUCCAAUACGGUGUCGCAGGUUUGGAACCAGUCUCUUUCGUUCCUGGCGUUCAAAAUGUGGAUGUCACAGAUCUCGUUGCUGGAAACCACACUUCGUACCGGUACCUUUGCGGUCGUAUCCUUCGUAAGAUAGGCUUCGAGGAUGUAGACCUUGCUGCUGUUGAGCAAGAGGAGAAGGCACUCGAACAAGCUACCAAGGCAGAGGAACAAGAACGGAAGCAGAACGAAGCCAGCACUAAGGAGGGAGCAAGUUCGGAAGCAGAAGUCAACGAGAUGGAAGGCAAAGUGCAGCAAAAGAAUGAGGCAUCCAUGAUGGAUUGGGCGGGCGAGAAGUUCAAGGCUGGUGGCGCUUCAGCAUCGAGCGCGGCAAACCAAGCAAGAGAAUGGGUACAGAGGACUGCCAGUCCAAGAAGUGCAAACCAGGGUGCAAGCAAGGAUGUCGGCGGUGCAGCUGGAGCUGCUGGAGGUAGUUUUAUCUGA